AUGUCAGCCGGCCCCGAGCUUGAUAACGCCGCCGUGUUGGAGUGGCUAGAAGCGUUCCACCGGGCGAGUGCUACCCUCAACGCCGAUCAGUGGCUGGACGAAUUCAUGACCGACGAUAUGGAGAUGCAAUAUGCAAAUAACCCCGCGAUCAAGGGCAGCGAGGUGCGACAGAUGUUCAAGACCGUCCUCGGCCAACUAGACAUGAUGGUUCACGAUAUUCGCUACUUCGACUAUGUCGCCCCUCGUAUCUAUCAAGCCGCGACCAUCCGGUAUCUUGUCAAAGGAGACAGCCUAGACACCGAUGAAAUCACCAUUCCUGGUUUUGCCGUGUUCUCUGUCCGGAAGGACGAUGCCGGGCAUGUGAAGUGCUAUCGGGCAGAGACGUUCCUAGAGCCGUCGGCGGUGUUUCAACGGAUUGCUGAAAAGUCGAACCGACAAUAA